AUGGCCUCCCGACCUCAAGCAGGCGCCCGUCCCGGGGCCAAGUUCGCUCAGUUCAAGCUCGUUUUGCUCGGUGAAUCCGCCGUGGGAAAGAGUUCUCUAGUAUUGAGAUUCGUCAAGGACCAAUUCGAUGAUUAUCGGGAGUCGACGAUCGGUGCUGCCUUCCUGACCCAGACAAUCUCCCUCGAUGAGAGCACCACAGUCAAGUUCGAAAUCUGGGAUACUGCCGGCCAGGAGAGAUACAAGUCUUUGGCUCCGAUGUACUAUCGGAACGCCAACUGUGCUGUUGUCGUCUAUGAUAUCACCCAAGCGUCUUCUCUAGACAAGGCCAAGUCAUGGGUCAAGGAACUACAGCGCCAGGCCAAUGAGAAUAUUGUCAUCGCUUUGGCGGGCAACAAGCUUGAUUUAGUUACCGAGAGCCCCGAUAAGCGCGCGAUCCCUACCGCCGAUGCGGAGGCCUACGCCCGCGAGGCCGGCCUCCUUUUCUUCGAGACAUCCGCCAAGACAUCGACAAAUGUGAAAGAACUGUUCACUGCUAUUGCGAAGAAGCUGCCGCUCGACCAAGCUGGUCCUCGGAACUUGCGUGCGGCCCCGCGACCUGGAGUCGACUUGCGACCCGAAGCCCCUGGUACCCAGGGUGCAGGUGCAUGCAAUUGUUAA